AAUAACAAAGCCAGUCUUUUGGCUAUUCCACUCCUUUUUUGGUGUAUAUCUAGACGUUUUUGCUUAUCCUCCUCACUGGAUAAUGUAUUGAGAUCAUCUUCCGUUAACUGCUCAUUUACAUGAACUGCAACAUUCAGAAGCAGAACUUGCUGAAGCGCGAGUUGAUAAUCCUCCGCAUCGUAACAAUCCUUGUUUAAUAGCUGACUCCAACCUUUUCCUAACACCUUGUCUGCAAACGCGCAUAUCUCCUCGGGUAAACCAGAGAGAUUUUCUUUACUAACGUUCACAAUCUCGGGCGGAGGAAGCGGCGGGUAAUCCUUCGGAUCCAUUACUGACACUAGCACGUGUUAGGCUUAACACCCACAACGCACACCAUAGCACAAAACACGGUCAAAAAUGUAUUAAUCCACAAUAAUUAAGACCAGAAUUACAGUAGAAACACACUGAAUAACACAAAACGCUAAUCGGAUCCAGAAUAAUCCACUCUUCAUAAGAAAAAAAACAAGCUACAUUCGCUCACAGGCUCGCAGCAAUUUUCCCCUUCUCUUCUUUAUUCGUGUAUUGCAAACUAUGUGUUUUAGCAAGGCCAACUAGAUAUCUAUCGAUAGUUGGCUUUGGCUUCAAGCAUUCAUAUUCAAUAUUUAAUAUUCGAUAUUGUAGUAUGGCAACCAUCUCAUAUUAAGACAUUGUCUAGUAUUUACAAACUUACCGGUGAGGAAGUACAUAAUGAUGUGGAUCAGUUUCGGCUACAAAUUUAAUUGCAAGAAAGGACUUUCGUAAUAAAUAGAAAACUUAUGCUAUUUUUUAUUUUAGCAUUCACAAAAUGGCUGAUGAAAAAGAAUUAAAAUGUUCUAAUUUUCAGAACUGAGAAGUGAAUUACAAAAUAUUGAUAAAGAUAUAUCGCAGAUUGACCGGGCUAUCGAAAAAUUAUCUGCAAGAAAGGAAAAACUGAUUUCAAGGAAAAAAAUAAUUCGACAGCGUCUGCAAGAGCAUGCUUCCGAAAAACUUGCGAGUCAAGACUGGGAAAGAACAGAUCAUUCCUGGUCAAAGAAAGUAAAUGAAGUGCUAAAGUCAGUGUUUAAAUUGGAAAAAUUCAGACCGUAUCAGUUGUCAACUGUAAAUGCCGUCAUGUCUCGACAGAAUUGCAUUUUAUUAAUGCCUACUGGAGGAGGAAAGAGUUUGUGUUAUCAGUUACCUGCCAUGGUACUUGAUGGUAUUACUUUAGUAGUUUCUCCUUUGGUAUCAUUAAUGGAAGACCAAAUUAUGGCAUUGGAAGCAUUAAAUGUUCCUGCAACUCUUUUGAAUGCCAGUAGUACUAGAGAACAUGUUAAUUAUGUUUCCAAACAAAUGACAGAGAAAAAACCGGCUAUAAAACUCCUAUAUGUCACUCCUGAGAAGCUGGCGAAGAGUAAACGUUUUAUGGCAAAGCUCGAGAAGAUGUACAAAAUAGGAUUAUUUUCAUUGCUUGCCAUUGAUGAAGUUCAUUGCUGUUCACAGUGGGGACAUGAUUUUAGAACAGAUUACAAAUUUCUUGGGAUUAUGAAACGUCAGUUUCCAAAUGUUCCAAUCCUUGGUUUAACAGCUACUGCAACUUCUUCUGUGAUUGCAGAUGUUCAGAAUAUUUUAAAUAUACAGGGAUGUUUAGUACUGAAAGCUUCCUUCAAUCGUCCAAAUUUGAAAUAUGAAGUAGUUUGUAAAUCAUCAUCUCAAAAAGACAAUGUCAAUGAACUGGAAAACUUAUUGAAAAAUCGUUUCAGUGGGCUUUCAGGCAUUAUUUAUUGUUUUUCUAUCAAGGAUUCUGAAGAUAUUGCUUUGGAAUUGCGCAAGCGUGGAAUAAGUGCAAGAGCAUAUCAUGCUCAACUCGAUGCUAAAUCUAGGAGUUCCAUUCAUAAAAGUUGGUCUUCAAACAGUACUCAAGUAAUUGUGGCAACAGUCGCAUUUGGUAUGGGUAUUGAUAAGCCUGAUGUGCGCUUUGUUAUUCACUAUUCUAUGCCAAAGUCAAUGGAAAAUUUUUACCAAGAAAGUGGUCGAGCAGGUAGAGAUGAUCAAUUAGCUUCAUGCAUCCUCUUCUAUCGUUUCCCAGACAUCUUCCGACAAAGCACAAUGGUUUUCACUGAGCAGAAAGGUUUAGAGCAUCUGUAUGCUAUGAUAGCAUAUUGCCUUGAUCUGUCUAGAUGCCGCCGUGCAAUUAUCGCUCAGCAUUUUGGAGAAAGGUGGGAAAAUUCAGACUGCAAUAAUAUGUGUGAUCAUUGUGAUAAGUUUAAUCCAUAUGAAGAAAAGUCAAAAAAUGUUGCAAAAGAAUAUAAAGCUGUAUGCAGGAUCUUAGAACACUGCAGUAUGAUAGAUGAACGUUUAACAAGCCAAAAACUAAUUGAGGCUUGGAUUGGAAAAGGACCACCAAAACUCCGACCUCCAGAUCAUAGGCCAACAAUGUUAAGCCGUGAAAACUGUGAAAGAAUUAUUGCACUACUAUUACUAGAAUCUUAUUUAAUUGAAGAGUUCCAUUUUACUCCAUAUGCUACAAUUAGUUAUAUUAAUAUUGGUUCAAGAACUUUGCCUAGUAAUGAAGAACUUUAUCUACCUAUGCCUCAUCUCAGGGCUAAAAGUGCACUUGGUAAUAGUGAUGUGAAAGACUCAAAUCUAUCUUCUUCAGUACACUUAAAUAAUGUGUCACAUAAAGUGGAAAAAUCUUUAACUUCAGACACAACAAAAUCAACUGAAAAAAGGAAACUAAAUGUUACCAUUACAAAAUCAUCUGUCUCAUCAGAAACUAAGAAAAAAAAUUCCAAAUCAGAAAUUCAUUCAUCUGGUAAAGACAAUCAGAAACUGAAACUUUCAGAAACUGUAAAAUCUCCUGAAAAGGAUUCCAUUAAAUUAUGUGUUAUUAAUGAAGAAAAAUCAUAUUUUCAUAAUGGGUUGUUCCCAAAUUUAAAAAUAUCGUCAUCAAAUGAUUCUCCAAAAGCUUCAACAAGUAAACAAAAAGAAUUAGUAAAGUGUAAUAAAUCUGAAGAAAUUUGCUUGUCAGAUAAAAAACUUGAUUUUGAUGACUAUGAAAUAAUAUCACAUAAGAAGAAAACUACAGCUGCAAAUUCAAAUCUAAGUGAAACUGGAAACUGCAAAAAAUCUGAAAGUAUUAAACUAUCAAGUGAUGAAGAGGAGUCAGAUGAAGAAAUAAUAAUAUCUAAGAAAAGAUGUAUUCAAACAGUAACUGUGACUGAUAGUGAUUGAAAUAUUUAACAAAUAUAUUUAUUUUUUUAUUAACAA